AUGUCCCUCCUCUCUCUCCUCGUCUCCUCCUCCAGGCCGUACGUAGUGGCUCAGUGCUUCGGCUGCGCAGUGGUUGAAGACACCUGGCACUACUUCCUGCACCGCGCGCUGCACCACCGCAAGAUCUACAAACACAUCCACAAAGUCCACCACGAGUUCACCUCUCCGUUCGGCAUGCAGGCAGAGUACGCUCAUCCUGCUGAGACUCUCAUCCUGGGAACAGGUUUCUUCAUCGGCAUCAUGAUGUUCUGUAACCACGUGUUCCUGCUGUGGGCCUGGGUGUCCUUCCGCCUGCUGGAGACCAUCGAUGUCCACAGUGGUUAUGACAUCCCUAUGAACCCACUCCAUCUGAUCCCGUUCUACGCCGGCACCCGCUUCCACGACUUCCACCACAUGAACUUCGUUGGGAACUACGCCUCCACCUUCACCUGGUGGGACAAGCUGCUGAUGACGGACAGCCAGUUCAACAAAUACCAGGAGAAACUGGGAGACAAGAAGGAGCAGUAAACAUCUCUGUUCAUCCACUCGCCUGUCAGCGGACUGUAUCAACUUCAGUCCGUCUUUUGGCCUUUUUUGCUGCGAAUAAAAAAAACUAAAUCCUGUUUGAAUUUGUUGCUUUGCUUUGUCAUUGCAUGACGUUUGUACCAUAUGACUUCCUUAUGAAAUUCUUCCAUAUACCUCUGAAUGUUUUAGCACUUUAGCGCUUCCUCUUGAGUUAAACUGAGUCAGAGUGACGUUGCAUGAUAGCUACAGUUCUGUGGGGGCUGUCCAAACUCAAGUCAAGCAUGUUUGAUGCAAAUUCAUGUUAUUUUUUUAAUAAAAGGAGAUUGGCUCAUAUGGAACUUUCAAUUUGUUCAAGACUAUUUUGUUAAUGUUAAUAAAUAAAUGAUGUCCUGAU